AUGAAGGUGAAGUGUUGCGACGGUAUUGUGUUGGAGCUUGAAGAUGCUUUGGUGUAUGCAUCUUUGACUGUCAAACAAUUGAUAGAUGAAAAGAUACCUAGCAGAAGAUGCUUUGGUGUAUGGAUCUUCGACGGCAAGGACGAGAAUUACGAGAUCAGUUUUGAAAAGGAGAUAUCUAGCAAAACUCUGUUGAAGAUCAAUGAGUACGUGAAGAAGCAUGCAGAUGCUGCUAGUACAUCCUCCAACAGAAUUAGUAGAAGUCUCCGUUCCUGGGACCUUGAGUUCAUCAAAGUUGAUCGCCACACAUUGUUUGCCCUAGUCUUGGCAGCAAAGUAUCUCCAAAUUACGGAUCUUAUCAAUUUGUCAUCUGAGACUGUGAGGGCAAAGACCAGAGGAAAGACCCCAGAAAAGAUACACCGGUAUUACAAUCUCAAGAAUGAUAUGACUCCUCAGGAAGAAGAGGAGUAUUAGAUGAAUUAAUGUUCUGUCUUGUUAAGAGUCAUGCAUAAAAAAGUUGUGUUCAAAUUAGAGUAGUAUAUGCAAAUUC